GGUGGUGGGGGGAGGGUUGGACAGGCUGGCCGGGCCUCAGAUCAGGGAGAACCUUAUAGGCCAUAUUAGGGAGUUGGAGCUUUAUCCUGAGCAUAAUGGGGACCAUAGAAAGGCUUUAACCAGAGGAGUGACUUGGUCAGAUUUGCAAUUUAGAAAGAAUCACUUACUUCAUACCCUGUCACGUUAGGCUCCAGGACCCAUACAUUUGCCUGAUGCCACUGGGUACAUGUUUCCCCCUCAGUCUGAGACACUGGCAACUCAAUCAUGGUAUGAAGGGGGAUAGCCUUCUGUGAGUGGACGACCAGGGCCGUUGGGCUGCCUGCCAUCUCAAAACCCAGCUCUGAGCCUGAGCGCCGGGGGUUCCACUUCUGCUGCCUGCAUGGAUGCCAGGGGCUGGCCUCCCGGAAGGUGGCUGUGCCCGCCCGGGAUCGUGUUGCUGGCCUUCGCCUCUCUGCUCAGCUGCCUGCUCCCCUCCGGCCAGGCCAAGAUCUACAGUCGCUGUGAGCUGACCAGAACGUUACGGAAUUUCGGCCUCGAGGGCUACCGGGGCUACAGCCUGGCUGACUGGGUCUGUCUUGCUUACUACACAAGUGGCUUCAACACAGCUGCCGUGGACCAUGAAGCUGAUGGAAGCACCAACAAUGGCAUCUUCCAGGUCAACAGCCGGAAGUGGUGCCAAAAUCUCGACCCAGAGGCCCCCAACCUGUGCCAGAUGUACUGUUCCGACUUGUUGAAUCCUAACCUCAAGAAUGCUGUUAUCUGUGCCAUGAAGAUAACUCAAGAGCCCCGGGGCAUGGGCAGCUGGGAGGCCUGGAGGCAUCACUGCCAGGGCAAGGACCUCAGAGACUGGGUGGAUGGAUGUGACUUCUAGGACCCUCUCUGGAUAGACCAGGCCAUGCGCAGCAGGCUGGGAGAUGUGGUUUGGUUCCUGACCCAGGCUUGGGAAGACAAGCCAACUAAUAAAGUAUAGUUUAACAUAA